GGCGCUCGUGGGAGUCGGAGCCCCGGAGAGGCCGUCCGGUGGGAUCCCCACGGCCUGCAGGCGAGGUACAGCCAAAAUGGGGGAGCCUCAGGGGUCCAAGCGGAUCCUAGUGACGGGGGGCUCUGGGCUGGUGGGCCGGGCCAUCCAAAAGGUGGUAGCAGAUGGCGCCGGCCUGCCUGGUGAGGACUGGGUGUUCGUCUCCUCCAAGGAUGCUGAUCUCACGGAUGCAGCACAGACCCAAGCCCUGUUCCAGAAGGUCCGGCCCACACACGUCAUUCACCUCGCUGCCAUGGUGGGGGGCCUGUUCCGGAACAUCAAGUACAAUUUGGACUUCUGGAGAGAAAACGUGCACAUCAAUGACAACGUGCUGCACGCGGCCUUUGAGGUGGGCGCCCACAAGGUGGUCUCCUGCUUAUCCACGUGCGUCUUUCCUGACAAGACCACCUACCCUAUUGAUGAGACCAUGAUCCACAAUGGACCGCCCCACAGCAGCAACUUUGGGUACGCGUAUGCCAAGAGGAUGAUCGACGUGCAGAACAGGGCCUACUUCCAGCAGCAUGGCUGCACCUUCACCGCCGUCAUCCCCACCAACGUCUUCGGGCCCCAUGACAACUUCAACAUCGAGGAUGGCCAUGUGCUGCCAGGCCUCAUCCACAAGGUGCACCUGGCCAAGAGCAGCGGCUCGGCCCUGACCGUGUGGGGCACCGGGAAGCCGCGGAGGCAGUUCAUCUACUCCCUGGACCUGGCCCAGCUCUUCAUCUGGGUCCUGCGGGAGUACAAUGAGGUAGAGCCCAUCAUCCUCUCAGUGGGUGAGGAGGACGAGGUGUCCAUCAAGGAGGCGGCCGAGGCAGUGGUGGAGGCCAUGGGCUUCCAGGGCGGCAUCACGUUUGACACGACCAAGUCGGACGGGCAGUUUAAGAAGACAGCCAGUAACAGCAAGCUCCGGGCCUACCUGCCCGACUUCCGCUUCACGCCCUUCAAGCAGGCUGUGAAGGAGACCUGCACCUGGUUCGCCGACAACUAUGAGCAGGCCCGGAAGUGAGCCUGGUGUGGGCAUGGAUACCACGGGACCAGCAGCUGGGAGCUGAGGGUACUGCGCACCCCCAAACCAGGUGCUCCAGGCUACUAUCCAGCGGGGUCCACUCAUGUCCAUCCUCAGGGGAACCAAGGCCUGGGCAGGCCUGGUCCUGUGCUUGCUGGUGCCACUCCAGAGUGUCCCCUCACCCUGCUGUCCUCGUCCCGGUAGCCAAUAAAGUGCAUUUUUACAGGC